UCGCUACUGUUGUACAGAUCAUUUUGGACUAUGCAGACAUUUUUUCUCAAGCAUUUUAAAUCCCCAAUUCUUAAUUUAAUCUAAAAAACAUGAUUAAAACAGUGUUCAUCGGACUUUUUUGUGGCGCAGCCAUAUUGACUGCGGGAAUUUUGAUCGGACACUAUGGCAUCGAAAAGAGUAGCGACUCUGAGCCGGCAUGGGUGAAAGAUGUGUCCAAGGAUGUGGAUGAAAGGCUGCUGGAAGAGUUUUUGUCCGAAGUGGACAACGUGAAUAUUAAGGACAACCUCAGGGAGCUGACCAAAGUGCCUCACAUGGCCACCACAGUCGGAGAUGAGAAAACGGUGCAGCUAAUGCUGAAAAGAUGGCAGGAUCCAGAAAGCGGUCUGGACCAGGCUUGGAGGGAGGAAUACAUGGUCUACCUGUCCUUUCCUGAUCCUGACAAGCCUAACAAGGUCACUGUUGAUGAGUUAUCAUCAAAACCAAACUACAUUGUCUUACAUUUACAUUUAUUUCCAUUUGGAUUUUUUUCAGUAAAUCCGUCCAAUACCGUUCUGCAUACGGCUAGAGAGAAGGAGAAGGCUUACACUUCCGACCAGAAGGAUCCAGAUGUGGUUCAACCUUAUGCUGCCUACUCUCCUGCUGGGCAAGUGCAGGGCAAACUUGUGUACGCCAACUACGGGACAGUAAAUGACUACAAGUGGCUGAGCCAAAAAUUGAACCUCACGGGCACCAUCGCCAUCACAAGAUACGGUGGAGCAGGCAGAGGAGCCAAAGCCAUCAACGCAGUACCUUACGGUAUCCUCGGUGUACUCGUCUACACGGACCCUCUGGACAUUAACGAGGGCUUGAUGUCGGACAUUAACGAGACGUAUCCACAUUCCUGGUACAUGCCUCCUUCCGGCGUGGAGAGAGGCGCGUACGCUUCAACCUACGGAGACCUGCUCACUCCUUACUUGGCUGCCAAAGAAGAAACUUACAGAAUUCCAGAAAAGGACAUCACUGGGAUUCCUACCAUUCCGAUUCAACCCAUCGGCUUCGAGGAUGCCUACAUUUUAAUUUGUGAGCUGGGUGGCGAUCCAGCGCCACAAUUUUGGCAAGGGGGAUUCAACUGCACCUACAACUACGGUGGUCCGGGCUUUCGACCUUCUUCUCACUUCUACAACAGUGAUGUCAAGAUGGACAUAUUCAACUACUGCGAGGUGAAGAACUCCUCUAAUGUGAUGGGUGUCAUUAAGGGAAGUGUGGAGCCCGACAGAUACGUCAUCUACGGCAACCACAGGGACAGCUGGGUUCAUGGCGCCAUUGACCCGAGCAGCGGGACGUCAGUCAUGCUGGAGCUUACGCGUGUGCUUGGCAAAAUGGUCAAACAAGGCAAAUGGAGGCCACGCCGAUCUAUCGUAUUUGGAAGCUGGGGGGCCGAAGAGUUUGGCCUUAUUGGGUCAACAGAAUACACAGAGCAAUACUUCACCAAGCUCAGUGAACGUACCGUGGCUUAUAUCAACGUGGAUAUUGCUGUUCAAGGCAAUGCCACUCUGCGGGCGCUAGGGAUGCCGUCGCUCCAGAAUGUCGUCUUCACAGCUGCCAAACAGGUGAAGGCUCCUGGAGCGGAUUCAAUGUCUGUGUAUGACAAGUGGAUCCAGCAUUCUAACAGAACAAGCCCGGUCCAUGGACUCAUUCCCAGAAUGGGAUAUCUUACAGGUGAAGGUAGUGAUUAUGCACCUUUUGUCCAUUACUUGGGAAUCACUUCCUUGGAUCUUAUGUACACUUAUGACAGGUCUAAAACAAAAGUCAGGAUUUACCCCGCUUACCACACUGCAUACGACACAUUCGACUAUUCGUCCAAUUACGUUGAUCCAGGUUUUUACACUCACCAGGCUGUCGCCAAAACGGCCGGGAGCGUCUUGGUGAGACUGGCCGACAGUCUGCUGCUACCGAUGAACUGCAGCGAUUAUGCCGAAAGUCUGGAGGCUUACCUCAGCGAGGCUUUGAAACACUAUGAAGACAGUCUCCUUGCUAUGAAUAUCUCCAUGGAGCCGAUAAAACGCGCCGUGGCCAGCUUUCGCAUCGCGGCGACUCACUUGGACCAAGUCAUUCGAAGCUCAGACCUGGCAAAUGAAACGCCAUUAAAAGUGCGAAAGAUCAAUGACCAGCUCAUGCUGCUGGAUCGUGCUUUCUUGAGGCCUCCAGCAUUUCCAAGUAAAAAUAGGCACGUGAUCUGGGCACCAAUUGAAAUCAGCUUAUCGAGCUUCCCCGGUUUGAGCAGCGCUUACGUUAGCGCAAUGUCAUCGGGACAAGCCAGCGCCUGGGCCCAAGUGCAUCACCUCGUGUCGGUCAUGAGUCAGGCCAUUGAGGGUGCCGCCCACAUGAUGCUCGACGUUAUCUAAAUCACGGGAGUCAAAUGUACGUCCCGUGAGGAUAUUUUAUCUGUCAGUCAUCUUGUAGCUCAUUAAUACUGUACAUAGGGAAUCACAUGCUUUUGACACUGGUGCCCUAAAAUCAUAUGUUAGGGCAAUCGAGUGCAUGCACUAGUGUAGUUUUUUGCAACCACUGUGCCGCGGCACACUAUCGUACUGUGGCGUAGUGUCUGAUGUGCCGUGGAAAAUCAUCCACUUUCAUCUAAUUGAUGUAAAAAUGUUUUGGGAAAACAUUGUCCCAUGGUCGGUAAUCAUGCAAUAAUACUCUUACAUAUCAGUACGUUUCAAUAGGUAGCUAAUGACUGUUAUGCGUAAGGGAUGAGUCUAGCUAGCUAGGGGCUAACGGUAGCGGCAUGCUAGCAAAACUAUAACCAUGACAGCCAAGAACUGGACAAAAUUCAGUGAAUGGCGGUUAAAAGAAGGAAAAGACUAUUUCCUCUCGGAGUCUCCGGUGUAAGGUAAUGAGCAAAAGCUUUUUACAAUAUUUACGCUAGAAUGUAAAGAACUGAACACAGUGGGAUUGCUGUGAUACCUACUCCAAUACAGAAGCCACACUGAAUAAAAUAUCAUUAUGUGUUUUUUUAGGGCUGUCAAAAUUAUCGCGUUAACGGGCGUUAAUUAAUUUUUUAAAUUAAUCACGUUAAAAUAUUUGACGCAAUUAACGCAGAUGCCCCGCUCAGAGAGAUUUAAAUGACGGUACAGUGAAACGCACACUUGCUGUGUUUUAUGGAGUUUUGCCGCCCUCUGCUGGCGCUUGGGUACGACUGAUUUUAUAGGCUUCAGCACCCAUGAGCAUUGUGUAAGUAAUUAUUGACAUCAACAACGGCGGGCUACUAGUUUAUUUUUGGAUUGAAAAUUUUACAAAUUUUAUUAAAACAAAAACAUUAAGAGGGGUUUUACGAUAACAUUUCUACAACUUGUACUAACAUUUUUUUUGAAGAACUACAAGUCUUUCUAUCCAUGGAUCGCUUUAACAGAAUGUUAAUAAUGUUAAUGACAUCUUGUUGAUUUAUUGUUAUAAUAAACAAAUACAGUCCUUAUGUACCGUAUGUUGAAUGUAUAUAUCCAUCUUGUGUCUUAUCUUUCCAUUCCAACAAUAAUUUACAGAAAAAUAUGGCAUAUUUUUAU